CAACUCUUGUCUUGUGCACCUCAAGUCCCCUAAUCAAUCAAAAUGGCUCCCAAGAAGGUCAAGGCUCCCCAGGCUGAGGUUGUCAACCUCGGCCCCAACGUCGCCGAGGGCGAGAACGUCUUUGGCGUUGCUCACAUCUUCGCCUCGUUCAACGACACUUUCGUCCACGUCACCGACCUUUCGGGCAAGGAGACCAUCUCGCGUGUCACCGGCGGCAUGAAGGUCAAGGCUGACCGUGACGAGUCUUCGCCCUACGCCGCCAUGCUGGCUGCCCAGGACGUCGCCGCCAAGUGCAAGGAGGUCGGCAUCACCGCACUCCACGUCAAGCUCCGUGCUACCGGCGGUACCGGCACCAAGCAGCCCGGCCCCGGUGGCCAGGCCGCCCUCCGUGCCCUCGCCCGUGCCGGCAUGCGCAUCGGCCGCAUCGAGGACGUCACCCCCGUCCCCUCCGACUCGACCCGCCGCAAGGGUGGUCGCCGUGGUCGCCGUCUCUAAACGCAUCAUUGCUGCGUUUAUCGGCCGCGUCUUCCUCGUGGCUUUGUAGGCAUGGAUACAUGGGUCUUAUUCCUCUUAUCCUGCUUUUUCGUCGCUCCAGAGCACGCACUAUGCCAAGUCCGUGGCUCGUCAAUGGCAAUUGUUGAGCACAGA